GCUGGCCGGGAGACAGAGCGGUUGGGGCACGUCUGGCGCUUGAGCCUCUAGCAACCAGGCUUUGCUCUCUGCGUGCGUUGGACUUGGGUAUUCAUGACGGAGUUAUCCGAGGAAGAGAAAACCUGUUCCGGAUUGGGUUUCAACCCAAGAUACUGGAUUCGCCUACUUAAGAUAAAGAGUUCUAAGUGUAUAACAGUGAAAAUGGCAUAAUCUGCAUUAACAUCCCACAGCUUGAAGGCAUGACAAUUAAAGAACACACAUGGACUUGUGGCACAUGGAAAUGUGUGCACAGAAAAGAGAAAUCUAUAAUUCUUUAAAAAUAGGAAGUCAUUCUUCCUCACCAAAAUGGGCACAUUCUGCUCAGUUAUCAAGUUUGAAAAUCUCCAAGAAUUAAAGAGACUUUGUCACUGGGGUCCCAUCAUAGCUCUUAGUGUUAUAGCAAUAUGUUCUACGAUGGCCAUGAUUGACUCUGUCUUAUGGUAUUGGCCCUUACAUACAACUGGAGGAAGCGUGAAUUUCAUCAUGUUGAUAAAUUGGACUGUCAUGAUUCUUUAUAAUUACUUCAAUGCCAUGUUUGUUGGUCCUGGCUUUGUCCCUCUGGGGUGGAAACCGGAACAUUCUCAGGAUAGCAUGUACCUCCAGUAUUGUAAAGUCUGCCAAGCAUACAAGGCGCCGCGGUCACACCACUGCAGAAAGUGUAACAGAUGUGUGAUGAAGAUGGACCAUCACUGUCCUUGGAUCAACAACUGUUGUGGUUACCAAAAUCAUGCUUCGUUCACACUGUUUCUCCUUUUAGCACCACUGGGUUGUAUUCAUGCUGCCUUCAUUUUUGUUAUGACUAUGUAUACACAGCUUUAUAAUCGGAUGAAAAUAAUUCUCAGAAAUAAAACUUCUAUUGAAUCAUGGAUUGAAGAGAAGGCUAAAGAUCGAAUUCAAUAUUAUCAACUAGAUGAAGUCUUUGUUUUUCCUUAUGACAUGGGAAGUAGAUGGAAGAACUUUAAACAGGUAUUUACGUGGUCAGGGGCCCCUGAAGGAGAUGGACUGGAGUGGCCGAUAAGAGAAGGGUGUCACCAGUACAGCUUAACAAUAGAACAGUUGAAACAAAAAGCUGAUAAAAGAGUCAGAAGUGUUCGGUAUAAAGUAAUAGAAGAUUAUAGUGGUGCCUGCUGUCCUUUGAAUAAAGGAAUCAAAACCUUCUUCACAAGCCCCUGUACUGAAGAGCCGCGAAUAAGGCUACGGAAAGGGGAGUUCAUUUUAGCUACAAGAGGGUUACGAUACUGGUUGUAUGGAGACAAAAUUCUUGAUGAUUCCUUUAUAGAAGGUGUUUCAAGAAUAAGAGGAUGGUUCCCUAGAAACUGUGUGGAAAAGUGUCCCUGUGACACUGAAACAGAUCAAGCCCCAGAGGGCGAGAAGAAAACUAGAUAGCCUCUGUUAAAGUAAAAUUAUUCUUUAAAUCCGUUCCAUUACUUGAAAAUUGUACAUAUUACUAAAGAAUUAUGCAAUGAGCCUACUCUGGUUAAGGUGUUCUUUUCCUCCAAGGUGCCCUAGUGCCAUGAUCUAAAUAUUUUUAUUACCAUUUUGGAAUGGAGAAGCCAUUCUGCGUAUGCCUCUGCACUCCUGCCCCUUUGCCACCUCUUCCUCGCCCCAAAAGGAAAAACACUCACCCAAGUGAGUCAAUUGCAUUUUCUCUAGGAUUUUUAUGCCCUGCACACUAUGGACAUCACCUGCAGAUGGAGCUCCCCUUUGCCAGGAGCAUCUGCAUGUGAUGCUUUUAUCCUGUUUCUUCCUCAGUUGAUAUUUCUUACGUAAUAUUCUAGAUACUAUAGAACUUAAUUUGUCAGAUUCACUAUAAGCUCAAAUUUUGUUACCUGUCUUUUAAUAUUGCAGAUUUUGUCAAAUCAAAUAAAGAUCAACGGAUA